GUCUGGUCAUUUCUCCUUUGCUCUCUUGGAGAACGUUCUUCCACUGAGAAGGAAGGAAGGAAGCCAAAGCUCAAGAUGAAGGUCUGGUUGAUGGGACUGGGGCUCGCCCUUCUCUGCGCGGUCCACGCCGAGGAAGAGGAGGCCAACAGUAUCAACUAUGAGGAGGCUCAGGGCUUCUGGCAUAUUUUGGGCGUUGCGACCAACUGCAAGAAGAUCCUGAAGCACAAGGACGACAUGAAGGUGGUCCAGGCGCUUCUGACGAAGCUGGACGAUGGCAGCCUCAAAACGACCUCCGCCAUCAAUCUGCCCGACGGCGGUUGCAAGAAAAUCGAGAUGAUCUUCCGGAAGGGAGAAGAUGGAAAACUCUACCAUGAAUGCGAUUGGGGCAAGAAAACCAUAGACAGAGCGGUCACCGAUUAUGACAGCUAUGCCAUUAUCUCCAUAACAAUGCAGAAGAAGGACAAGGAGCCCAAAAAGCUCCUGACGCUUUUUGCUUUGGACAACUCUGCUGCUGACCUCUAUCAUCCCCUUUAUUAG